AAGAUUAACCAUCCCAGCCCUUCUGUCAGGCUCCGAUGCCAUCAUGCAGCCUGGUUAGGAGCAGGGGGGGGACCCGACUAACUCAUCUUUUCCCGAUCGUCAGGACCCUAAAGAAUGGCCGAGCCUUUGGGGAACGAGCUGGCGUCCGCAGCUGCCAGGGGCGACCUAGAGCAACUCACUAAUUUGUUGCAAAAUAAUGUGAGCGCCAAUGCAGAAAAUGGAUUUGGAAGGACGGCGCUGCAGGUGAUGAAGCUCGGAAACCCCGAGAUCGCUCGGCGGCUUCUACUGCGCGGCGCCAAUCCAGACCUGAAGGACCGCACAGGCUUCGCGGUCCUGCACGACGCCGCCCGGGCCGGCUUUCUGGACACCUUACAGACUCUUCUGGAGUUCCAGGCCGACGUGAACGUGGAAGACAGCGAGGGCAACCUGCCGCUGCACCUGGCAGCCCGCGAGGGCCACCUGCCCGUCGUGGAGUUCCUGCUCCGACACACCGCCUGCCGAGUGGACCACCGGAACCACCAGGGCGACACUGCUUGCGACGUGGCCCGCCUCUACCGCCGAGACGCCGUGGUCCGACUACUGGAGGCCGGCCGGCCCGACGACGCGGCCCAGGGCCCAGGCGAUCUGGGGCCCGCCGCAGCCAAGCCGCCCUAGAGGUCCCAGGGCCAGGCGGGCUGCUGCCCCGACUCCUGCCGCACCUGCCCUCGGUGUUCAGCUGCCCAGUCUGACUGUUUGCGUGUGUGCGUGCGUGCAUGCCGGGGAUUGCUGCGCUCUCCCUCUGCCUUUUAAGCAAAUAGUCAAAGUCUCAAACUACAGAGCAGAGGUGGGAUUCUUACGAAAAUUUUAUGAAUUUAUUUAAAAAGGCUUCUGAUCUGCCUGCCAACACCCCCCUCCUCCCUCUCCUCCCCUCCCCCCACCCCAAAGACCUAAUAUUUGCCAGCAAAACUGCUUUGGCCUCCUCCUCCGGAAUGGAGAGUCUCUUCCUUCCUUAUUUCCAGCCUCAGCCCACCUCAGCCCUCUAGCCUAUCCCCCCUACUUCGCAACUUCAUUUUCAAAGAUGCUUCUUUGGCCUAAUUAAAACUCUUUUUAA